GGAAGUGGUGUUUGGCCCUGGCGUAGGCGAUUUCUACUAAAGAAACGGUCUGCCGCUGCGGUGCCCUCGUGGGCCGGACCUCGCCUUUCCGGCUUCAGUAAUGGCUCAUGAAGCAAUGGAAUAUGAUCUUCACGUGCAGUUAGAUCAUCAUGCUGCAGAUCAGCCUGCUCCUGCUCAAGUGGUCAGCAGCCAAGGAGGGCCACUCCUGCUUCAGCCUGCUCCGGCUCAGGUGGUCAGCCAAGGAGCUCCACUCCUGCUUCAGCCUGCUCCUGCUCAGGUGGUCAGCAGCCAAGGAGGGCCACUGCUGCUUCGGCCUGCUCCUGUUCAGGUGGUCAGCAGCCAAGGAGGGCCACUGCUGCUUCGGCCUGCUCCUGUUCAGGUGGUCAGCAGCCAAGGAGGGCCACUCCUGCUUCGGCCUGCUCCUGCUCAAGUGGUCAGCAGCCAAGGAGGGCCACUCCUGCUUCGGCCUGCUCCUGCUCAAGUGGUCAGCAGCCAAGGAGGGCCACUCCUGCUUCAGCCUGCUCCUGCUCAAGUGGUUAGCAGCCAAGGAGGGCCACUCCUGCUUCAGCCUGCACCUGCUGAUGUGGUCAGCAGCCAAAGGGGACCACCCCUGCUCCAGCCUGCUCCACAGGUGUCCAUUGACCUGACAGAGGAAGUGGAGCUCUUGGGAGAAGGGAGUGUGGAGAACGUCAACCCAGGACCUUCAGAGGAACAUACACAGGAAUCUGGUGCUAACCGUACCCUUGGAGUGUCUUCGUUGAAUUCAGUGAACAGCUUCAUCAGCGGGCUGCAGAGGCUUCAUGGCAUGCUGCAAUUCCUAAGACCACCCUCAGACAGUGGUGUGGGGCCAAUAAGAGCGAGGAGGAGGAGGUCUGCUUCACACAGGACACGAGUCGGAGGGUCUCAGAGGACAGACAGUGCCAGGUCAAGAGCACCAUUGGAUGCUUACUUUCAAGUGAGCAGGACCCAGCCUCACUUGCCAGCUACCUCUAAUGAUUCAGAGACCAGGAAUCCUGUCUCUGCAGACUUGCAGGUAUCAAGUAGGUCCGAUUCUGACAGUGACAGCUCCACAGAGAAUGAAGAGGUUGUUGUCCUGGCGGAGGAACCUGGAGCUGUCGUUUUAGAAGAGCAAGUAGGAGGUAUCUCAGCAGAGCAAGAAGUCACAUGUAUCAGUGGAGAAGAGACCCUCCCCAAACAGCAGUCUCCCCAGAAGUCCAGCCCCCUUGUACCUUUGGUUUCUGUGGAUGAGGAAGAAGGGGACACCUGCACAAUAUGUUUGGAACAGUGGACCAAUGUUGGGGAUCACCGACUCUCAGCAUUACGCUGUGGACACCUCUUUGGAUAUGGGUGCAUUUCUAAGUGGCUUAAAGGACAGGCUCGAAAAUGUCCCCAGUGCAACAAGAAAGCCAAGCAAAGUGACAUCGUUGUCCUUUAUGCCCGAACCUUGAGAGCUUUGGACACUAGUGAACAUGAGCACAUGAAAAGUUCCUUACUGAAGGAGCAGAUGCUGCGGCAGCAGGCCGAGCUAGAGUCAGCACAGUGCCGGCUCCAGCUGCAAGUCCUCACUGAGGAGUGCACCAGGCUUCAUAGUCGUGUCCAGGACUUGCAAAAACUUAUUGUGCAGCAUCAGGAUCAGAUUUCACAGCAACCCAGGGGCUCCCAAGGACGUUUACUAAACAGCAUGCCCUCCAGCCAGGGCCAGCACAAGUACCAUUUCCAGAAGACUUUCACGGUGUCUCAGACAGGAAACUGCCGAAUCAUGACAUACUGUGAUGCUCUGGGCUGCCUGGUGGUGUCACAACCUUCUCCUCAGGCCUCCUUCCUUCCAGGCUUUGGUGUUAAGAUGUUGAGUACUGCCAACAUGAAGAGCAGUCAGUACAUUCCCAUGCAUAGCAAACAGAUCCGCGGACUGGCUUUCAGCAGUCGGUCCAAAGGCUUGCUGCUCUCUGCUUCUCUGGACAGCACUAUUAAACUGACCAGCCUGGAAACAAAUACCGUGGUCCAGACUUAUAACGCUGGACGUCCUGUCUGGAGCUGCUGCUGGUGUCUUGAUGAAAACAAUUACAUGUACGCCGGACUGGUCAAUGGUUCGGUUCUGGUGUAUGACCUUCGAAACACGAGCAGUCAUAUCCAGGAGUUAGUACCUCAGAAAGCCAGAUGCCCACUGGUAUCCUUGUCAUACAUACCCCGAGCUGCCUCAGCUACAUUUCCGUAUGGUGGAGUGUUGGCUGGAACCUUGGAGAACGCUUCCUUCUGGGAACUGAAAAUGGACUUUUCUCAUUGGCCUCAUGUGCUGCCUGUGGAGCCAGGGGGCUGCAUAGACUUUCAGACAGAGAGCAGUACCCGCCACUGUCUUGUGACCUACAGGCCUGAUAAAAAUCAUACCACCUUACGAAGCGUGCUGAUGGAAAUGUCCUACAAGCUGGAUGAUGCUGGAGAGCCAGUUUGCUCCUGCCAUCCUGUACAAACAUUCCUUGGGGGACCCACUUGCAAACUGCUGACCAAAAGUGCCAUUUUCCAAAACCCAAAGAAUGAUGGCAACAUCCUGGUGUGUACUGGGGAUGAAGCGUCAAAUUCUGCCCUGCUGUGGGAUGCUGGCAGUGGCUCCUUGCUACAGGAUCUGCAGACCCAUCAGCCUGUCUUGGACAUCUGCCCAUUUGAGGUGAACCAUAGCAGCUACUUGGCUACCUUAACAGAGAAGAUGGUCCACCUCUAUAGGUGGGAGUGACCAUGGUCUUGAAACUUACCAGGCAUGCUGCUGGUUAAGAUUAAAGAUCGUUUGCUAGCACCUAGCAGCCCUGAGCAAGAGCUCUGCUUAUUGUCUGUGGCCGAGAACUUUUGGGAUCAUGGUUCCUUUGGAUUGGUGUAAUUCUAGGACUCCAGGUCACUGAAGCACUACAGAUCAUGUAUUUGCUGUGUCCACCAAAAGAGUAAGUGACUGGUACUCCAUCUACGUUAUCCAUUCCUUGGGUUAAAAGUUUUCAUUAAUCUUUGUUGAGAAUCUGCAUUUUCGAUCAGACUUUCUGCUGGACCUCAGAGAGUAUCCUCCCCUGGCAGUUAUUUAGGAUAUGAGUGUGCACCAAGCAUUUUCUGGAGGAUGUCACACCAUGCCUGAGUGGUCUUGUCACUUGAGCUGCGUGAGUUGAGAAUGCUUAUGUCCCUGAAGGGACUAACCAUCUUCUUGACGCUGCAUGGAUGCAGAAGAGUCUUCAGUGGAACACAAGAGGGCACUGUAGAACCUUGCGAGGGAUUUGAUCUAUUUCUGACCUUGUGGGCUGACAACCUUUUAGUAAGUUGGUCUUAUCCCCACAGAAGUGUCUGGUAGAGUACAUCUAAUCUGCUUUGUGGCAGCAACAGUUAUCUUUCAGGUGUGCAGUGCUGUGAUAUUGACAAGCCCAGUGAUGGAGGCAGCUGAUGAGACGUAGACCUUUUCCUAAGGCAU